AUGAAACCAUUUCAGGUGUUCCUCCACAACGAUCUCGUCACAGAAGUUCUUUCGGUUCUUCCGGUGAAAUCUCUUAUUCGUUUUAAAUGUGUUAGUAAGCAUUGGAAAACUCUCAUCUCCGAUCAUUCCUUUGUGAAAUUGCAUCUUAGAAGAUCAGAAACACGAAACUUAGUAUUAGUAACAUGUCACAUAAUAGCUACCCCUAAAGAGCCUGAUCGCAGUAUUGUUCCAUAUCCUAUACGUCGUUUACUCGAUAACCCUUUGUUCAUGCUUUUUGAUGAUCUUAACUAUCAUUUGAAUUACAAAGGAUGUGAUUAUAUAGUUGGUUCAUGCAACGGCUUAAUUCUUUUGGCCGGUGAACAUUUCAAUUGCUACUUUAGGAAUCAGGAUAGGAGUAGAAGUUACUGGCUCUCGGUUUGGAACCCAGCCACCAGGUCAAUUUCUAAAAGUUUUGGAUAUAUUCAUGAGUUUGGUGAAUCUAUAUAUCAAGCUUUCAACUUUGCGUUUGGUUAUGAUAAUUCAAACGAAACUUAUAAAGUGGCGGCGUUCCGUUACCUUCCAGAUAAAAGCGAGGUGAGAGUUCUUAGUUUAGGUGAUAAUGUUUGGAGAAAUGUUGAAUGUUUCAAGGAUGUUAUUCUUCCGUACAAGUACGUGUAUUUGAGUGAAACUAUUAACUGGUUGGCCAAGGAUAUUAGUGUUGAGCAGAUUGUUAUUAUUUCAUUUGAUUUGACAACAGAGACAUUCAAGAAAAUGGAUGUUCCCGGUGGUUUUAAUGGAGUUUUGUCUUGUGAGCCAAAGCCAGUUCUUGCUGUGUUGGGGGGUUGCCUUUGUUUUUCUUAUUACUACGAGGAAAUGGAUUUUGUUAUAUGGAAGAUGAAUGAAUUUGGAGUUGAAGAUUCUUGGACUCUUUUUCUUAAAAUGAAUGGUCAAAAUCUUGGUAUAGAUUAUGACCAUAGUAAUUAUAGAUAUCCAUGGGUGCCGUUGCUUCUGUCGGAUGAUACACUGAUACUGACGAGUAGUAAUGAAUCUCAGGCAAUUCUCUAUAAUAGGAGAGAUAAUAGAGUUACUCGAACAAACAUUAUUGCUAAUAGAACCAACUUUUCUUUAGAGUGGGAGGAUGCCAAAGUUUAUGUUGAAAGCUUAGUUCCAAUUUUCUAA